CGAAACUGUUAAGGGCCGUGCCAGGUUAGGGGUGCAAGCAUUUGCUAGCGCCCUUCUUGUUGUACCUAAAGUGUUGUCCACCAACUGUGGGCAUGAUGCGCAAGACUCGCAAGUAUGCCUCCUAGAGGAAAUGGCCAUUGUCGAAAGUCGCGCAAAGAGGCUGGGCAAAUCUUUUCCUGAUCCUCGUGAGCUUGUUGGGUUUGAUAUAAUUACUGGAAGAGCAAUUGUGCCCGCGCAAAUAGGUCUCUGUUAUUGCCUCGAACCUACUGUUGGUUGA